AUGUCGUCCACCUCUAUUGCGAAGAAGAACAAGGGGAAGAAAGUUGCCGAUCCUAACGAGACGUCUAAAUUACUAGCGGCCAAGAUCUCCCAACUUGAGCAAGAUGCGGCUGGGGAGAAGGACCAGGAGCAAGAGAUUGAGCGCGAAGUGAAGAAGGCCACUCGAGACCUGAACCAACUCCUCAACAACAUCGAAUCCCCAAUGACCCGUCUAGAGACCGUGCACAAGAAGUACACUGAGCUUUUGGCGGAUAUGAAAAAGCUGGAUCGAGACUAUUCAAAGAGCAAGAAGCGCGCGGAUCAACUACAGAAAGACCAAGAGAAAGGAAAAUCAGAGUUGAAUAAAACUGUGACCAUGAAGGAUAAGCUGGAGAAACUUUGUCGGGAGCUCACGAAGGAAAAUAAAAAAGUGAAGGUAUGGCGGUCCCGCCUGCACCCCAUCAAACGUUUGUCACCUGACACGCAGCAGGAUGAGAACAAGAAGCUUGACGACACCGAAAAGAAGGCCCGCCUGAUUGUAAACGAACGGCUCGACUCUCUCCUUUACGACAUCCAGGACGUCAUGGCUGCCAAGGGGAAUCCCCGCAACGAGAAAGUGGAUAUUGAUCUGGACGAAGCGCUUCGUGCUAAGCUGAAGACCAUCAGUGAGCAAUUCGAUACACGCGAGCUUCACUACAAGUCCCUCCUCCGCAGCAAGGACGCAGAGAUCCAGAGUCUCACGGCCAAGUAUGAGGAGCAACGUCGGACCGCCGAUAACGAGACUGCUCGGGGUCGUGCACUGAGCGCGCAGGUCUCUACCUUCUCUCAUACCGAAGCGGAGCUCCGUAGUCAACUGAACAUCUAUGUUGAGAAGUUCAAGCAGGUUGAGGACACUCUAAACAACAGCAAUGAACUCUUCUUGACAUUCCGCAAAGAGAUGGAGGAGAUGUCGAAGAAGACCAAGCGCCUAGAGAAGGAAAACCACACUCUCAACCGGAAGCACGAACAGACCAACCGCAACAUUCUUGAAAUGGCUGAGGAGCGUACUCGCAACCAGGAGGAACUUGAGCGGUGGCGCCGCAAGUGUCAACACCUAGAAGCCUUGUGCCGACGCAUGCAGGCCCAAGGCCGCGGCGAAGGCUUGGCCGAGGGUGACGACCACCUGGACCACGAUGACGAGGGCACUGAGAGCGAGUACGACGAUGAUUACGAAGAUGAAGAUGAUCUGAGCGAUGAAGGAGAUCUCGACGGACACGAUCAUGACCGUGAUAUCCCCCCGCGCUGGCGGCCCAACCGAACGACCCGUUUUUGGGCCACCCCCUCCCCCAAUCUCCUGGAGGCUCGGGCUACCAAGAGCGCCGUUCUCAAUGGAUGCCACUGA